AUGUCGGGAGGUCCCGCUGCGAGUCGAGCUGUGAUCCCGCCAAUGCUAACGCAAGAGAAUCGAGAUGCGCUAGUGUACACGCCGCAAUGCCAUCAGCGAUGGGGUGAGCGCCAAGGCGAGGAUGCAACGUCACGGAUAAAAAAGGCAGAAGUUGUUGACAAAUUCCUUUUGAAAUUUGCAUGGCUCAACGAGACGGAAGUGGCACUGCAAUGUCUUUUUGAGAGUGACUUUGACCUGCCACGGGCCGUGGAACUGCUGCACGCUGCUCGUUACAAGCGACGCAAAGUACAACGCAAUCAGACCGAGAAACUCGAUCCUGAAUCAUUCAAAGCUGCACUUGAUAUGUAUGGCAAGAAGUUUCACCUCGUGAAGCAAGCGCUAGGAAACCAAGUCACAACUCGGGAGAUCGUAAGCAAUUACUACUCGUGGAAACUAACGCCCGAGUUUGAAAAAUGGAGGCGCCGUCAAAGACCAACAAGGAAGUGUAGAGAGAAAAGGAAGGAGACCAAGCGUCUGCGCUUAAAUGGUGAGUCGGAUGAAGACCCGGUAGCAGAGACUUUUCAAGACUACCACGACAAAAAAUGUGGACUGUGCGCUACUGGUGGUAAACUACUGCGUUGCGAUGGCUGCACACGCGCCUACCACUUUGGUUGCAUCCAGUCUCCAAUUACAAAAACACGUCCAAGUGACGAUGAAUGGUUUUGUCCGUACUGCCAGGAAGCAUUUGGCGGUACGAAGCCCGAGAUGAUGCCGAGCGAAGAGAACGAGUACUGCCUAGUGUGCCUUCCUUUUCCGGGUGUACCGCAAACGUUAAAUGAGGCGAUGACCGACAGCAGUAGUGAAGGAGAAGUCGAUAAGGCAGAAGGGAGCAGCGAUGUGGACGCCAGUUUGAGGUCGAACGAUGAGGAGAUCAGCAAACUUAACGUCAGAACGUCAGCUCUUCUCAGACCGGAAGAGCUGGUUGCAAAGACUGCUGAUCCUGGAAACCUUCCCACCAUUAAGUCGGACCCGAGCGCCAAGAAGUUCCCAUCAUCAUUGCACGGAGCGGACGUAAUCGAGCAUGGCGAUUCGGAGCAUAUGCCCACGUCAGUGAAGGAACCAUCUGCGCCCAUCCAGCCGAGUGCACCAGCUGGCCAGUCACGCGUUGGCUCAUCGCAAGCUGCACCGAACAGACUGCUGGAGCGAUUCGUUGAAGUACCGGGAGGGAGAGCGCGUUUGCAAGUGGAGAGGCCAAUUCCAGGGCGAAGACGCCAUCGCAAGAUGUUGGUGCCGCGCCGUAUCCCACCAUCUCGACUCGACAAUUGA